UCAGCAUGGCCAGAUUUACGCAAAGUGAAAGCAGAAGGGAUCAGCAGCAGCAUCAUCCCCAGCCGACUCAUCCCGCCCCCGUCAACCUGCUUCUACAGCAGCCGCUCCUACUUAUCCCUCAUCAGAAUCAGCUCGCGCACAUCCCGGUUCCGAAACCCAUGAACGGACCAGAAACUGUCUGCAUGCACACGGACUGCGGCGCCAUGAAAGACCAGGACGCCAUCAAGCUCUUCAUUGGACAGAUUCCGCGGAACCUCGAGGAAAAAGACCUCAAACCUCUCUUUGAACAGUUUGGGAAAAUCCACGAACUGUCUGUUCUGAAGGACCGAUACACAGGCAUGCAUAAAGGUUGUGCGUUUCUCACCUACUGUGCCCGGGAUUCUGCCAUCAAAGCCCAGAAUGCAUUGCAUGAGCAGAAAACCCUACCUGGGAUGACUCGUCCCAUCCAAGUGAAACCAGCUGACAGUGAGUGUCGUGGAGAGGACAGGAAGCUGUUUGUGGGGAUGCUGAACAAGCAGCAGACAGAGGAGGAUGUGUACCGCCUAUUUGAGCCCUACGGCGCCAUCGAUGAGUGUACCGUACUAAGAGGUCCUGACGGAAACAGCAAAGGUUGUGCAUUUGUGAAGUUCUCUACUCAUUCAGAAGCGCAGUCUGCCAUCAGUUCCCUUCAUGGGAGUCAGACCAUGCCGGGAGCGUCGUCCAGCCUCGUCGUGAAGUUUGCAGACACAGAUAAGGAGAGGACCAUACGGCGCAUGCAGCAGAUGGCUGGACAGUUUGGCAUCUUCAACCCCUCUGUCGCCCUACCUACGUUCAGCAGCUACAGUAGCUAUGCACACGCCUUGAUGCAGCAGCAGCAGCAGGCAGCGGUGAUGGCCAUGUCUCAGGGGGGCUACCUGGCCCCCAGCCUCUCCUUCCCCUCUGCCCAGAUCCACCAGGUGGGGACGCUAGCAAUGAACGGUCUGCCGCCCAACCCCCUCAAUCUCGUGUCAGGUCUGAGCUCUCCUCCAGCCGCCCUGCCCUCCUCCCUGACCAGCCUGGUGGCCCCAAUGAUGAACGGGUACACCGGCCUCACCCACCAGGCUAACGGGCACCCUCUAGAGACCCUCUACACCAAUGGCCUGCCGACCUACUCCACCCAGAGCCCAACUGCUGCGGACACACUGCAACAGGCCUUUACUGGGGUACAGCAAUACACAGCCAUCUACCCAGCAACUACACUGACCCCUCUAGGUCAGUCACUUUCACAGCACCCUCAGGUCAUUGGCCAACAGCAGAGGGAAGGUGAGGGACCAGAGGGCUGUAAUCUGUUCAUCUACCACCUGCCCCAGGAGUUUGGCGAUAACGAACUGAUGCAGAUGUUCCUGCCCUUCGGCAAUGUUAUCUCCUCCAAGGUAUUCAUGGACAGAGCGACCAAUCAGAGCAAGUGUUUCGGCUUUGUGAGCUUUGAUAACCCGGGUAGUGCCCAGGCUGCCAUCCAAGCCAUGAAUGGUUUCCAGAUUGGUAUGAAGAGACUCAAGGUGCAACUCAAACGUCCCAAAGACGCCAGCCGCCCCUACUGACACCCCCCAGUACAGUAUCUGUAUUUCUCUUCCCUCUUCUUUCCACUUUCUCCCUCUUCCUUUCACUUCCUCCAUAGGUUUAAUCAGAGGUAUGGAGGACGUCUUUGAUUGAAUAAGGCAUUUUGUGUUGAAUAAGACAUUUUGGGAAAGGAAAAAAGGAAAAAGUUAUUCUGUUUUUAAAACAAUGGAAAAUAGACUUCAUAUGGGAGUUGGGAAGAGAUCUCUUUUUAUCUUCAAUCAUAUCUGACUGGCAGAGGGAGGACUCACAGCUCUGCACCAGUGAAGGUUUGGCAUCACAGAUGAGAGAGCAAUGGGAUGAUGCAUAAGGAUAGAACAAGACUUUCAAAAACAAACAGAAAACUUUUUUAAAAGAUACAAACACACAAAAAAAAACAAUUUAGAAUCUUUGGAGACUUGAGAGUGAAGAAGAACACAACACAGACAGACUGAGAAACAGUGUUAAAAAAUCAUAUGGAUUUAUGAUGAACUCAGAGGAGUCUAGUGAACAAAAAGAGGCUUCAGGUUUUUCCUACCAUGAAAUGGACAAAUGAGGGUUCAAACUUGAUUUGAGGAUUCUAAGUAUAUCUGGGGGAAAAAAAUAUGUAUUUCUCUGUGAGUCCUGAACCUGCUCUUUCUCAAGUUUCCAUAGCAACCGAACAAACUGCACCCCCUUGGGAUCUGAGGACCAAAUGUUUUUCUCUUUAACAGUCUUGUACAAAAUACUAACAAUCAUAUAAUACAAUACAGUAUAAUGUUUAGUCUAGUACUAAUUAACAAUCAUUAAAUACUUAAAUGCAGUAUUCUACCUUUAGUUUAGUACACAUAAUAGUGACAGAGAAGUACUUCAGGUCGGCAUUGGAUUUAUUCACCAUCAGUGUACUGCUGACUACUAAGGAGUAUGUCAAUGUAAAAUGGGAUCAUGUAGAAUUCAGUUGGAGAGGUUAGUGAAGAAGAAUGUUGCCCCGAGCUCUUUCUGUGGGAUGGAAUACAUUAUGAAGUGUUUGUUUGUUUGUUUGAAAGCCACCUUUUAUCAUAAUUUUACUGAUAGGCUACACUUCCUAUUUGGGCACUCAGUUUGACCCUUGAACUUUUAGUUUUGUCUCCCUCCGUGCAGCAACCAUUCUGAGCCUCCAUUCUAUUCAAAGUUGCCCAUAGGCACAGAUGUAGGAUCAGCUCACUUUGCCCAAAUACUAACCUUAAGCAUUAGGAAGAAAAUGCUAAACUGUACUUAGAUCAGUCUGAAGGGGCUAUGUCUUCCUACUUAAUUAUAUUCUGCCUAUAAAGCAAAGGCCAUUGGCUCACAUUCCGUUUCAGAAGCUUACUACAGUUAUCGGCUCAGGGGUUAAAAGGUCUCGAGUCGGGUGUGCCUAAUGUUCGGAUGAGAUUGUCCAUAGAAACUGAUCUUAAGUCAGUUUUCUGGUUAAGGUGGUUAAUGGUUAAAGUUAGGAUUUGGGGAGGGCCAGCUGAUCCAAGAUCUGUGUGUCCACUUUGAUUAGCCAGUAGAUUUAGCAGGAUGCAUUGGGUCUGUUUUGUGACAAAGAAAGUAUUUGUGUAUUUACAUUUCAGGGAUUAUUUUAACGAGGGCCAGGAGAUUUUUCUGGUCAGGUCACAUGCUCCGGAAAAACUCCUUUACCUUACCAUAACACAAAAAACCACUAGUACAGAUGUAGGAUCUUAAUUUGAGCCAGUUUUCUACAGCAGGAAAAUAGUCCUGCAGCAACAGGACAUUUUAAUUAUUAUGUGGAUUAUACUGUAAUUAAUGGACAUUUUU